AUGUCCUACCCCCAGAUGACGCCGAUGCGGCCGGUGCCAGGCGCCUUCCUCAACACGCCCGCAGCCUCCAGAUUCGCUAACGACAACGAGCCGGUUAGACGACGACUCUUUGCGGAGGGCGAAGCACCUUCAAGCAACAGUGGCGCGCUGGUGGCAGGAUCAAAUUUGGCAUCCGCUACGGUUGCAUCAACCAGCACAAGUGGAGGAUUGGUGUCGACCUCAUCUGCUCCGGCUCCCCAGCAAAACCUCCCGCCCGUCACGAGAGCAGCUCAAGCGGUCAACCAGUUCCUCCAGUCCGACGAGAACUACCCCGAGCUCGAUUCCUACUGCAGGCCAGGAGCAUCGUCAGACUAUGACUUCAACACGCUCGACUCGCCCUGGGCACCCUUCCACAAGACCCAGAUGUACCCGAUCCCGAACCAGGUUUUCAGCCACUACAAUACCGGCCAGCUCCAGACGUUGAUGGGCUUGUUCGCCGAGAUCAACCAUGCCUGGGUGGUCAUCGACAACUCGCUGUUCCUAUGGGACUACACCCACCCGGACCCCGAACUUAUUGGCUUCGAGGACCAACCGCACACGAUUCACGCCGUCGCUCUCGUUGCACCCAAGCCUGGCAUUUUCGUCAACACCAUUACGCACAUUCUAGUCGUUGCGACGUCUUCUGAGAUGAUUCUUCUCGGUCUUUCUGCCGAGACCACGCCAUCGGGGACCAAGACCGUUUCGCUUUAUAGCACCAAGCUUAACCUCCCUCUCCGAGGCACCGAUGUCAGAGUUAUCGCUGGCACUGCGGACGGCCGCAUCUUCUUUGGAGGCAGUAACGACACCGAUAUCCAUGAGCUUUACUACCAGCAGGAGGAGAAAUGGUUCUCAAACAGAUGCGGCAAGAUCAACCACACCAAUCCCGGCUGGUCUUCAGUCGUCACUCUCCAGAGCGGAUUCUGGGCACAAAAGUCUCCGGAAGGUCUUCAGAGCAUUGUUAUUGACGAUUCCCGGAAGCUCGUCUACACACUUUCGACUAGAUCCACCAUUCGUACAUACCACAUGGACGGGCCUAACAAGCUCACCAAGGUGAUCGAAAAGGAGCGCAAUGCCUGCCUACGCGACAUCACCCACAUGAUUACCCAGUCUCCUCUCCUCAACGACCGAACUGCUUUUGUGGCCAUCAGCGCUAUUCCAUCACGAGAGGCGUCGAAGCUGCACCUUAUGGCUCUCACCAAUACCGGCUGCCGUCUGUUCCUUAGCGCGACGAGCUCUGCCUCGUACAUGAUUGGGGGCGUUUCUUCAAACACGCCCCCUCAAAGUAUGCAGGUCCAGUUCAUCAAGUUCCCCCCGUCGGACAAGCCUGGACGAUCCGGCACUAACAGUGCGGGUGAUGCCGUUAUCGAUCUUGGGUCAAGGGCGCUGGAGUUGAGUAGGCUUGGAGCUCGAUUUGCGCCGGGAUACUUCUUGGAUUUCGUCGUUAAGGACAACGAUCCGAACAUCGAUUUGCUCUUUGUUUCGGCUCCCGAGACUGGCCGAAUCAAGGCCAACUCAACUUCCGCUGCGCUCAAGUAUUACGAGCACGGAAACUGGAUCGAUAUUGGAAGCAGAGCCGAAGAUGUCGGUUUAGUUACCAAGCCGUUUGCCGCAGCAAACCAGCCCGUUGGCUUUGGCAACGAACUUGCGGUUCAGUUCGACCAGCCGGCCACCGAGUUCGCCGUGCUGACCAACACUGGUGUACACAUCAUUCGCCGCCGCCGGUUGGUGGAUACUUUCGCUGCCGCCAUUCGUGGUGCAGUGGGAGACGAAGGCCUGGAGCUGGAGACUCGCAAGUUCAUUUCUCGGUAUGGCCGUGUGGAAACCAUCUCCUGCGCUCUUGCUGUAGCUUGCGGUCAUGGUGGUGAUGCCAGGCCAGGCGCAACGCGCGCGAUCGAUCAGGCCACAGAAGACCGCGCCAGGACCGUAUUCGUCGACUACGGUGGCCAGCCCUCUAUCACGGAGGCCGAUGGUACCCCUCUCAACACAACCUCCGUUCGCCUGUCCCCUAGGCACGAUGCUCUCAGUGUCUAUCUCACCCGCCUCAUUCGCACAUUAUGGAAGAACCACGUGGUCGCGCUUGCUGCCAGCCCUACCGGCGGCGUUGCGAUUCAAUCCAUGGUACCCAUCGCAAAGCUUCACUCCACUCAGGAGCAGCUGGAGCGUCUCCGCAGAUUCCUUGAUGCAAACAAGAGUUUCAUUCAGGGCCUGUCGGGUCCUUCCGACCUUCAAAGAGUGGCCAGCAAGCAAGAGGAAGUGGCCCUCCAGGCAGAGCACCAAGCUCUGCAUGCACUUCAGAAACUGAUGGAGAGCAUCUCCGAGGGCAUCUCGUUCGUCUUGAUGCUCUUUGAUGAGCGUGUCAGUGACAUCUUCACGAGACUGGAUGCGACGGCGCAGCAAGGACUGAAAAGUCUCACAUACGAGAGCCUGUUCUCACAGUCUUCAGGCAAGGAUCUUGCCAAGCUAUUGGUCAAGUCCAUCGUCAAUCGCAACAUUGAGAGCGGUUCCAACGUCGAGACUGUCGCGGAUGCUCUUCGGAGACGCUGUGGUAGUUUCUGCAGCCCCGAUGAUGUUGUCAUCUUCAAGGCUCAGGAGCAAUUGAAGAGAGCGUCUGAGCAGCCGUCCAACAGCAACCAGUCUCGCGCACUUCUGCAUGAGAGUUUGAGGCUCUUUGAGCGCGUCGCCGGUGCUCUUUCAUUUGCCAACCUACACAACGCCGUCUCUCAGUACAUCGACCUGAAGUACUACGCCGGUGCAAUCCAGCUCUGCCUCACUGUUGCCCGUGAGAAGGAUAGAGGCAACACCGCUUUGUCAUGGGUCCAUGAUGGCAAGCCCGCUAACGACCCUCGGGCUAAUGCCUUCUCGGAGCGUAGGAAAUGCUACGAACUAAUUCACGAGGCUCUUCAACACCUGGAUGCCGCGUCAAGCAGGGAACCGGAGACGAUCGACGGUAGACUGACUUUGAUGGGCACUAAACGCCUCGAGGCCUAUAGCGUAGUGAACGACUCGGACGACGAGGUCUUCCACUUUGACCUUUACGAGUGGUACAUCGAGCAGGGGUGGACUGACAGAAUUCUUGCUAUCGAAUCACCACACGUCAUCACAUACCUCCAGAGUCUGGCGAGGAGCAAUGUGAACCAUGCCGACCUUCUCUGCAGGUUCUAUACCCAACGCGAGCGGUACUUUGAGGCUGCUCAGGUCCAGAAUGAUCUUGCCCAAUCAGACUUCGCCAUUGGUAUCAAGGACAGAAUUAUCCUUCUCAGCAAGGCCAAGGCGAAUGCCAGCGUUGCUACGGCAGGUGUUGGCAGGCAACAACAGCAGGUCCUGGCCCACGAAGUCAGUGAGCUUCUCGACAUUGCCAACAUCCAGGAUGACUUGUUGGAGAGGCUCAAGGCCGACAGCCGCGUUGACCCUGAUCGCAAGGCUCAAAUUGAGGAAGCGUUGGAUGGCCAGGUGAUAAGCUUGUCAGACCUGUUCAACCAAUAUGCCGACCAAGCGAAUUACUAUGAUCUGUGCCUCCUCAUCUACCACAGCGCCGAUUACCGCAACCCCAGCACAAUCUCCCAAACAUGGGUCAGCCUCAUCGAGCAGAUCCACGAGGAGGCUGUAGAGCGAAUGGAGGAAGCUGGUCCCGGCAUCCCUGUUCUGCCCUCACCCUACGAAUCUGUGUCAGUCAAGGUACAGAACAUCGCCCACCGUACUUCUCUGGAUAGCUUCAUCUUCCCGGUGCCCGUCCUGCUUCCCGAGAUUUGUCGGUAUGCCGUUGAAUACCACCAAGAUGCUGAGAUCGGUGCGGACCCCACCUGGCCUGUGCAGCUCUUCCUCAGCCUCGGUGUAUCCAAUGACAUGGUCACUCGCGUUCUCGAGAGCGUUUUUGAUACCCAAGACUAUGGCUUCAGUGGUAACAACCGCAACCGCAUCAUUGAGCUCAUUGUUUUCUCUGUUGAUGUUUGGCAACGCGAGGUCAAGCGUCGUGGAGCUGCCUCGAUGAAGGGCGAUGGUGCCCUUGGUGCGUGGGUUAAGGACCUGCUCAGCAGAUGCGAGGCAUCACUGCCCCCUGCUGGCCACGGGUCGAACCCGGGUGGCAUGGACUUGUCAGAAGUGCGGAGACGUCUGCGGACGGUGAAGAGAGAUGUUGAUGGCCUUGUUGAGAGAGGUCCCUCUGGAAGCUUGCGCUUCCUGUAA